ACGCUCGACCCGACUACCAACAUCUACAUCAACGGUCUCGGCACGCAGUGAGUCGACUGCCGCGCGUCUCGUGACCAGCACGCAUACCGCUGCUCACCGCUUCCGGAAUUGCACGCUCAGAACUACGGACGACGACCUUCUCGCCCUUGGAGCUCGCUGCGGCACUGUGCUGAGUCACAAGGCCAUGAUCCACAGCGAGAGUGGAGUUUGCAAAGGAUAUGGAUUCUUGAUGUAUGCUACGAGUGCCGAAGCACACUUCGCCAUGACUGAGCUUAGCAAAUGCGGCUACCAGACUUCUUGGGCUCGCGAGAGCUUCACAUCGAAGCUUCGCCGUAUGGCGGACAACAGCAGCGCCAAUGUGUACCUUAGCAAUCUGCCUCGCACGAUGUCAUCCUCUGGCCUAGAGCAGCUCUUUGCACCACACGUCGUGGUCAGCCUCCGUAUCCUCACAGACAAUGAUGGAGAAUCUCGCGGUGUCGGCUUUGUACGACUGCGUACCCGCGAGAUCGCUCAGGAGUGCAUCGACCGUCUGAAUGGCAAGGUCCUACCGGACACGACAUCCGGACUUCAGGUCCGUUUCGCUGACAGUGAAGCUCAGAAGCGCCUGAAACAGUCUGCCUCGAUCGCAGAUGCUGCUGCGGCAGCCGCCGCCACGAACGCCACAUCGCCUCAUCUCUCUUCCAUCAACGGCCUUAGCCCCACGUUGCCUACGCUCUCGAGCGGCGCCAACGGCUUCACGGGUGGUCUUGGAAGCCCUCUCACCUUGAGCACUCCCUUCAGCCCUGCUUUGAGCACUCCUAGUCUCAGUCCAGCCUCCCAGCACUCCAGCGUGUUCAAUUCGCCAGAGAUCAGCUUCGUUCAGCCGCACAACUUUGCUUACCUCAACAUGCUCGCAGCAGCUGGUAUGCGCAUGCCAACAAUGACUUCGUCCCACAAGAGUCCCAUCUCUCCCGUCGGUCCAUUGGAUCGUAGUCCCAAUUUCUGGGCCCUGAGUCCAGGCGCAUCGAAUGGCUUGCUCCCUCCUGUCGGCGCAUCUGCGCUCUGGCUUGCCCAACAACAACAACAACACCAGCAGCAGCAGCAGCAGCAAUUGCAACAAUUGCAACAGUUGCAGCAAUUGCAAGGGAAAGGAGUCAUCGACGGACAGCACUUGCCUCAACUGCUCGGCUCGCUCUCGAUGGAUCCUAGCACAAUUGACACACGCCACGCUCAGCAGGCUCCUCGCAAACAGCAAUCUCCAGUCUUCGAUAAAGCGGCACCUACCAAGUCGAGCUAUGCUGCUGGAGCCCUCUCCUGGAGAGCCGGAGCUGCUCCCCUUCAGCAACGCACCAACGUUCUCGGGACGUCGACGAACAAAUCGGCGAGCGCCCGAGCCAAGCGACAAAACAAGCCAUCCUCGAUCGGAAAGUCUGAACCGACGCCCGAAGCAAAUCGCGGAAGCGCACUUGGACUUCUCCUGAACGGAGACGAAUGAAUCAGCCUUCGAGCAUGAGCUUGAGCAAGCUUGGGGAGAGACUGAAUUAUUGCAGGAGCGCACACUAUCCUCUGUUCUACUCCUGGAAUGUCUCUCUGCAGCCUGGCAGCAAGCAAGCAAAGCUCCGUCCAGAUCUCAAAUCACCACCCUUUCUCUCUUCCCGGCCCAUGAUGAAUUUCUUUCCUUCCACAGAUCAGCUGCUUCCUCGCUUGCGCUC